AUGGCUACUCAGUACGAAGUCGAACACAAUGUCAAGUUUGCUGAAGGCCGCCGCUCAGGCCGUCGCGUAGACAUGUCGUCAUUCUUCUCCCUCCUCGAUCAGAUCGCCGAACCUUCAGGCGACCAGACUCCUCAUCACAACCCACACGCCACGCCCACCCCCGUCGACACGGCUGCUCUCUUCCGCCUCCUCCAGGAACAGCUCCACCAGCUGCACACAACUUCUCCUACAGACGAUAACCGAGACUUUCUAGAGUCUCUGAUAAUGAAUCUCGAAGAUGAUAUCAACGAUCCCCCCACUCGCUUGCAUGGCGUGUCACAAGAGUUCGUUGAUUCAAUCGACCGUGUCAACCGCAAAACCCUCAAGAAAGACGACGACUGCGCCAUCUGUAAGGUGCCCUAUUUAGAAGACGAGUAUUGUCUCGUUGUUGAGCUCCCAUGUAAAGGAGGUCAUCGAUUUGAUCUCGAGUGCGUCGGGCCUUGGUUACGCAGCAAGGGUACAUGUCCCAUGUGCCGUCAAGACUUAGGGAAGAAGAAGGAGAUUCCUGUCGUGCAGGAUGAAGACGAGGAGGAGGACGGCGACAUGAUGUACGCCUAG